GGGACUGGGUCCCUGGGCCGGACCUCGGGUGUCCCCCCACCCCGAGGCCGGCGAAGAAAUUUGGGAACCGCAGGAAAAUGUCUUUCGGCCCCUGUGGGGUUUCGGCGCUGAGGAAGGUCAAGGGCCUGCUGACCAUGACCUCCCCCUGGCUGUCUGAGGACGACGAGAGCCUGAAGGGCUGCGAGCUGUACGUGCACAGGCAUGGCAUCCAGCAGGUGCUCCGAGAGUGCAUCGUGCACCUGUGCGUCGCCCAGCCCGACCGCCCCAUGAAGUUCCUGCGCGAGCACUUCGAGAAGCUGGAGAAGGAGGAGAACAUGCAGACCCUGGCUCUGCAGAAGUCCAGCUCCCAGUCAGACUCCCGCGAGGAGGAGGUCUCACCGCUGCCUCCCAACCCGGUGGUGAAGGCUCGCCGCCGUCGUGGGGGGGUGAGUGCCGAGGUGUACACGGAGGAGGAUGCCGUCUCCUACGUCAGAAAGGUGAUCCCCAAGGACUACAAGACCAUGACGGCGCUGGCCAAGGCCAUCGCCAGGAACGUGCUGUUUGCCCACCUGGAUGACAAUGAGAGGAGCGACAUUUUUGACGCCAUGUUCCCUGUCACUCACAUCGCCGGGGAGACCGUCAUACAACAAGGGGACGAGGGAGAUAAUUUCUACGUCGUCGACCAGGGAGAAGUGGACGUGUACGUGAAUGGGGAGUGGGUGACCAGCAUCAGCGAGGGAGGCAGCUUUGGGGAGCUGGCACUCAUUUACGGCACCCCCAGGGCAGCCACGGUGAAGGCCAAGACGGACCUCAAGCUCUGGGGCAUCGACCGGGACAGCUACCGCCGCAUCCUCAUGGGCAGCACCCUCCGGAAGCGCAAGAUGUAUGAGGAAUUUCUCAGCAAGGUCUCCAUCCUCGAAUCCUUGGAGAAGUGGGAGCGGCUGACGGUGGCUGACGCCCUGGAGCCUGUGCAGUUUGAAGACGGAGAGAAGAUUGUGGUUCAGGGAGAGCCGGGUGACGACUUCUACAUCAUCACCGAGGGCUCAGCCUCUGUCCUCCAGCGCCGAUCCCCCACCGAGGAGUAUGUGGAGGUGGGGCGACUCGGACCCUCCGACUACUUUGGAGAGAUCGCGCUGCUGCUGAACCGGCCCCGCGCGGCCACCGUCGUGGCGCGGGGUCCCCUGCGCUGCGUGAAGCUGGACCGCCCGCGCUUUGAGCGCGUGCUGGGGCCCUGCUCCGACAUCCUGAAGCGCAACAUCCAGCGCUACAACAGCUUCAUCUCGCUCACCGUCUGAACCCGCACCGCUUACUGCUGCUCGUCCCCGCGGGGGGCUGGUGGGGGACGGGCCUCCUGGUGCAGGGCAGCGCUCCCCCGACCCCCUCACUGGAAAAAUAUACUCCUCGUGUGCAUUUCCACAGGCGCUGGGGGCAGGCGGGCCCGGCUCCAGCGCGGGCGCCUGCUCCCACCCCCACGCCCGCCCGCCCCCUCCACCAUUGCUGCACUCUCGGACCUCCGAGACCCCAGCCCACCAGCCCUUCCGGGUGAGGGUGGGUGGGUCCCCAAGGAGGAGGAGGGUGGCCAGCUCACCACCCUCUCGCCCCUGUCUGAGACAGCUAUCCACACGGAGUGUCUGGUGGACAGACGGCGGCCCUGGGGGGUUGAGGCUGGAGAGAGAAAGGGCUCCAGGUGGCCUCUGGGACCACUGCAUACCCACCCCCUGCUCCCACCCAACGACAAGGGGGCCCCUUCCGCUGCAGAGUUUUAAAAAGUGUCUCCCCCCACCCCCUUCCCAUCUCAAUGCAGGUGGGUGGCCCUGGCGCAUAGUUCCUGAGGGCUGCGAUCCCUGGAAACCGAAUCUGAGUGUGGGGGGCUUUCCUGUACCAAUGACUCCUCCCGAUCUCCCUGCGCUCCCAGGGAGCCAGAGGGAAGCUUCCGGUCACCUCGGCAGGGCCGGACAGCCACCGGCAGGCUUCCUGACAAUACCCCCUUCUCACUUAGCUUCCCGAGUGACCUCUGGGAGCUCCCAUCCCAUCCGUUGGCCCGUCCCCCCCACCUCAAGUCACUGACCCCAGCCCUCACCCAUCUAUCUACCUGCACCCAGUGGUAGGUCCACCAGCAAACACAGGAACUUCCUGUCCAGACACAAGUAGUGGGGGGGGCUGCCUCCGUGUGGCUGGGCCUUAUCCCAGGGGGUGUCCAAGGGGCUGCCCUUAUUCCAGGGGGCAUGGGGAGGGACAUCCCCGCUGGCCACAGGUCACUCUGGCCGGUGCUGCGCCCUGUGGCCCUGCCAGUCCCGCCCCACCCAGCUCCCCACCCCCAAUGGGCGUGUCCUGCGGGGUGAGCCUGCUUGGUGGGCGUGUCCUGUCAUGUGAGUCCCUCCCAGAGGGCAUGUGCUGCCUGUGAUCCCCGCCCCACCCUGCGAGCUCCUGGGUGCUGCAUGCGUAUUAAAAUAUUCCUUGAACAA